AUGGAGGAAAGAGGAUUAAGAUCAAAUGAAAAAGUAAAUGGAUAAUUAGAUUAUUAAACAAGGAAAAUGGUAUCACCUUAAAGUGAAGUGAAUAUAAAGAAAGAGAAUUCAAAUCCUUUAGAUUAGAAUGGUAGUAUAUAUUCAUUGAAGGGUUAUGAAAGAUAGGUUGGAUAUUCAUCAAAUUAAUAUGAUUAGAAUCGUUAAGGAGGAGAGUAAUCAAAAAUAAUUUCAAAUAAUAAUCCAUAUUUAAAGCAAUCUCUAUAUAAUAAUACUGAAUAAGGGAAACCAUUCAUUCGUACAUAUUAAGAAGGAGAUUAAAGAAAGCCUUUAGAUUAAGUAAAUUAUAAGUAAGAUUUACGAUAAAUGAAUGAAAGAGAGAUUGCAAGUCCAUAUAUGAAUCUUGAGAAUUAAAAGAGAGAUCUCAUAGGAUCUAGAACACCUCUUGAUCCAAGAUCAAAUUUAAAUGGUUAAACACCAUAAACAAGAUAAGAUAAUUAUUGUAGAGAUAUUUAAUAACAAUAAUAAUAAUCAGAAAACAAACGAGAAUUUCAAUUACCUGAAUACAGAAGAAUGUAUCCAGAAUAGGAUUUAAGAAAUACAUCCAAAUAAAUAAGUUCUUAUGAUAAACCUAUUGAUCUAUAAGUCGAUAGAUUAAGAUAUGAUUAAGAUAGAAUAAGAACAGUUGGAGGAUAAUAAGAAUAACCAGAAAGAUUCGAUAGAAUGAUAAGAGCAUCUGAUUAUGUUAGAAAAUCUGAUUAUCAUGAUUUAUAAGAAUAACAUAAUAAAGUAUUAGAUAAAAGAGAAUUUGGAUAAAGAAGUGCAAUUGAAUAAAAUCUAUUGGAUUAAAGAAAUAAUACUUCUAAAUCUUAAGAAUAUUCAUAGAGAUAAUAAAAUUAAAUUAAAAGACCAUAAGAAGGAUCUAAAACACCUAUUGAAGGAAGAAUGAUAGAAAGAAGAGGAUUUGAUGAUUUAAUCUAAUAACAUCCAAGAUUUAAUUAAUAAUUCUAUCCCUAAAAUCCUUAUGUAGAACCAAAAACAUAAUAAUAAUAAUAAUAAUAAUAUGAUGUUAAACCACCUAUAGAUGAUCAUAGAAGAAUUCCAAUUCCUUAUGAAGAAAGGAGAAAUAUGAAUCCAUAUGAGACUAGAUAAUAAUUUUAGGAUUAAAGAACACCAUUCGAUAGAAGACCGGAUCGUGUAGAAUUUGAAAAAAGACCUGAUAGGGUAGAAUAUGAAAGAAGACCUGAAAGGGUUGAAUUUGAAAGGAGACCAGAUAGAGUUGAAUUUGAAAAGAGACCAGAUAGGAGUGAAUUUGAAAAGAGACCAGAUAGAGUUGAAUAUGAUAGAAGACCUGAACGUGUUGAAUUUGAAAAAAGAUUAGAUAGACCUGAAAUACCAGACAGACGUGAUUUUGAAGGCAGAUCUCCUUAUUAAGCAAGAUUUGGUCCAGUUCCAGAAGGAAGAUUUGAUGUUGAUUAAAGAUUACAUCCAGAUAAUCGAUAGUACUAUCAAGGUUAUAAUAAUGAAAGAUUGCCAUAAUAAGGAUUUAGAUAAGGAUAAGAAGGAAAAUACCAAUAUGAAGGUAGAUUAGGAUAGAGAAAUUAAUUGGAGGAAAGAGGUGGUUAUGGUCAAGAUAGAUUUUAAGAUGUAAGAUAAGGAAUGAAUUAAAGGAAAUUUUCAGAUGGUAGAAAUAUUUAGGAUGGAAGAGUAGAGAAUAGAGAAGGAUUAGAUGGAAGAGGAGGAUUUAAUAGAACAUUUGGUGAUGAAAGAUAUUAAGGAAAUACAAUGAUAGAAGGAAGAUAAGGAUUUGAUGGAAGAAGAGAAUAAUUUGGAUCAAGACCUCCAAUUUAAAGUAGACCUUAUGAAGAAAGAGGUAAUUUAGAAUAAAGAAUUCCUAUUGAGAAUAAAAAUUAAUAUUAAAGAGGAUAUGAUGAUAAAUUUGGAGAUAGAUAGAUUGAAUAAAAAUAUUCAUAAAUGUAAGAUGGUAUGAGUAAGAAAGAUUUUGGUAGAUCUGAUUAUACAAAAAUGAGAGAAGAAUUAGAUAAAAGAAAUGCUAUAGGUAGAACAGAAAUGGAUGAUAAAAUGUCAGAAUUUGGUAAAAGAAAAGAGGUUGAAGGAAGAAUAAGACCAGAAACUAGUUAUGGAAAAUCUAAUGGAUUUGGAUAAUAAUUAGGAGAAAGAUAUUAUAGAAGAGAAUUAAAUGAUUAAGGAUAGAGAUUGAGUUAUCAUGAAGAUACAUCAUUAAUUGAUAGAUUAGGAUUGGAAAGAGGAACUAAUAGAAAUAUCAUUGGUAAUUAAGCUGCUGAAAAUAUGCUAAGAGGAUAAUCUAAUAAUAGACCAUAUGAGAGAGAAAGAAGUUUUAAUAGAUUUGGAAUGGGAGAAAGAGUUGCUAGUUUUACAAAUAGUAAAAUGGGUUAUUAAAGAACUGCUAUUUAAGAUAAAGAAGAAUAUUAAGGUUAUGUUAGAUCUAAAAUUAUACCUAAAUCUUCAUUAGGAAAUGGUCCAACUGAAUUUUAGAGAAAGUAAUCUCAAGAUUAAGGAUUUUCAAAAUGUAAUUGUAUUUCAUUUAUUAUUUAGUAUAAAGUCCUAAGGCUUAGGUGGAAACAAGAGUUGGAAUUUAUGAUAUUUAAAGAAGAGAUGGUAGAAUUUGA